AUGUCUCUUUCUGAAAAUAUUAAAGUCAAUCAACCUAUAACGAAAGAUAAAACAUCAUGUAUUCGUAAUUACUCAACUAAACCACGUCUAAUUUACAAAACAGUUUCUGGUGUUAAUGGACCUUUAGUUAUCUUGUCUGAUGUUAAAUUUCCUCAAUAUUCAGAAAUUGUCUACCUUACUCUUGCUGAUGGAACAAAACGAAUGGGGCAAGUUUUAGAAGUAACUAAAACAAAAGCUAUUGUUCAAGUGUUUGAAGGAACUUCUGGUAUUGAUGCAAAAAAUACUGUUUGUGAAUUUACUGGUGAUAUCCUUCGUAUGCCAGUCUCUGAAGAUAUGCUUGGAAGAAUUUUUAAUGGAUCAGGUAAACCAAUUGAUAAAGGACCAGCUGUUAUGGCUGAGGAUUUUCUUGAUAUAAAUGGUCAACCAAUAAAUCCUCACUGUAGAACAUACCCAGAAGAAAUGAUUCAAACUGGUAUUUCUGCUAUUGAUGUUAUGAAUAGUAUAGCUCGUGGACAAAAAAUUCCAAUUUUUUCAGCUGCUGGUCUUCCACAUAAUGAUAUUGCUGCUCAAAUAGUAAGACAAGCUGGUUUAGUUCAAUUACCAGGUAAAGAUACCUCACAACAAUCUUUUGCUAUUGUUUUUGCUGCAAUGGGAGUUAACAUGGAAACAGCUAGAUUUUUUAAGCAAGAUUUUGAGGAGAAUGGUUCUAUGGAUAAUGUAUGUUUAUUUCUUAAUUUAGCUAAUGAUCCAACUAUUGAAAGAAUUAUUACUCCUAAGAUAGCAUUGACAACAGCUGAAUUUUUAGCAUAUCAAUGUGAUAAACAUGUACUUGUUGUUUUAACAGAUAUGUCUUCAUAUGCUGAAGCUCUUCGUGAGGUAUCAGCUGCUAGAGAAGAAGUUCCUGGUAGACGUGGUUUUCCCGGUUAUAUGUAUACAGAUUUAUCAACAAUUUAUGAAAGAGCUGGUAGAGUAGAAGGUAGAGUUGGUUCUGUUACUCAAAUACCUAUUUUGACAAUGCCUAAUGAUGAUAUAACACAUCCUAUUCCUGAUCUUACUGGUUACAUUACAGAAGGUCAAAUUUAUAUUGAUAGACAAUUACAUAAUAGACAAAUUUAUCCACCUAUCAAUGUUUUACCAUCCCUUUCUCGUUUAAUGAAAUCAGCUAUUGGUGUUGGUAUGACAAGGGAAGAUCAUGCUGAUGUAUCAAAUCAACUUUAUGCUUGUUAUGCUAUUGGUAAAGAUGUCCAAGCUAUGAAAGCUGUUGUUGGUGAAGAAGCUUUAUCAGCAGAUGAUUUAUUAUAUUUAGAAUUUUUGACUAAAUUUGAGAAAACUUUUAUUUCACAGGGAGGUUAUGAAAACAGAACAAUAUUUGAAAGUUUAGAUAUUGGAUGGCAAUUAUUAAGAAUAUUUCCAAGAGAAUUGCUUAAAAGAAUUCCUGUAUCUACUUUGGAUAAGUAUUACAGAAGGCAUAAUGUUUAA